CUCAGACGAGGCUGUUGAUUUUCUCAAAGGCCCAAUGGUCACACGCAUCAUGCCGUUGUUCUAUAUCGUCAUCAUCUUCAUUGGUUUGCCCCUGAAUGCUUUGGCCUUUUUAACAUUCACCUGUAAGAUUCGAGAGAAGAAACCAGCUGUGAUCUACAUGUCUCACCUGGCGUGUGUGGACCUGCUCUUCACUCUGCUGCUGCCUCUGAAGAUCCACUACCAGCUGAACGCUUCAGAUUGGGUGUUCGGUGAGGCGGCGUGUCGUGUGAUCAGUGCAGCUUACUACUGCUACAUGUACUGCUCCAUACUGCUGAUGAUGUGCAUGAGUGUGGACAGGCUGCUGGCCGUGGUGUUUCCCAUCACCUCUCUGACCUGGAGGAGCACAAGGAAAGCCACAUACAUAUGUGUGCUGGUCUGGCUGCUGGCGAUCGUUGGUACGGUGCCACUUCUCUCAAUAAGACAAACAUUCAUUGUCAAUGAUGUGGGCACCACCUGUCAUGAUGUGCUGAUCCAUUACAAGCUGUACAUGUACCUGUCCUUCAUCCUCACCUGCCUCUACUUCUUUGUGCCACUAAUUAUCACCUUAGUGAGCUACUCCAUUAUCAUAUAUGUGCUCAGUGUAAAGUCUGAUCUCUUAGCUACAUCACCCUCAUCUUCAGGCAGCCGAAGGAGAGCUGUGAUUAUGGCUAUCGCCGUGCUGACUGAGUUUGUGUUGUGCUUUGCUCCAUCCAAUUGCAUCCUGUGGUACCACUGUUAUCUUUUAGCUACUGGAAACGACGAGGGGGAGGGAGAUUCAUCAUAUUCAGCUUACCUGUUGGCUGUGUGUUUGGGGAGCACAAGUGUUUUUCUGGACCCUCUGCUGUACUACUACGGCUCGUCUCAGAGCAGACAGAAGAUCAGCUCUGUGUUUAGGAGGGAAAAAACAACCUCAUCGUGUAACACACAGACAAAAUCCACAGAUGUCACUAAAACCAGGCUUCUGGUAAUGUGUGAAAAAAACUGAUCAUGUAUUUGGUUUCCAUAAAUUGC